AUGAGUGGACUAUAUAGACAACAGUUUGUCUUCCAAACAAGGCCCAAAUUACCCUAGGAAAGUUCUAAAAAAGAGAGAAAAGUAUCCCUAGGAUUAUACACCCUAGAUUAAUCCCUCUGUUUAAGCAGUCAAGCUAAACCCGUCAUUAUUUCAGUUUGAUGUUAAGACGGUCAAGUCUCUGACCUCCCGCGGAAGCACACCAACCGCUUGCCGAACGUACCACACAGCCAAUUCAUCGAACACCUUGUCUGCUAACACCAUGCCGCCGCCGCCGUCUUCCAGCGCGCCUUGGCAGCUGGAGGACGCGGUCAUGGCGAGGCUCCGCGCCUGCGUGACGUUCCGGGACCUCCUCCGCGUCCACGGGCACGUCGUGCGGCUCCGCAUCUCGCAAAGCAGCUACCUCGCCACCCAGAUCGUCCAUCUCUGCAACGCCCACCGCCGCGUCACCCACGCCGCGCGGGUGUUCGCCCAGGUGCGCGACCCAAACCUCCACCUCCACAACGCCAUGAUCAAGGCGUACGCCCAGAACCACCAGCACCGCGACGCCGUCGCGGUCUACAUCCGCAUGCUCAGGUGCCCCACGUCCCCUCCGGAUGGUCACGCCGGCGGCGACCGGUUCACGUACCCGUUCCUGCUCAAGGCCUGUGGCGGAACGGCGGCGCUUGAGCUGGGAAAGCAGGUGCACACGCACGUGGUGAGAUCCGGGUGCGACUCCAGUGCCAUCGUUCAGAACUCCCUGAUCGAGAUGUACACGCGAGCCGGCGACCUGGCGCUCGCGCACAAGGUGUUCGAUGAAAUGCGGGAAAGGGACGUGGUUUCCUGGAACAUGCUUAUAUCGGCACACGCGCGGCUGGGCCAGAUGAGGAAAGCAACAGCAUUGUUCAACUCCAUGCCUGACAAGACAAUUGUUACAUGGACGGCGAUGGUUUCUGGGUACACGACGGUCGGGGACUACCCGGGCGCCGUCGACGCGUUCAGGUCGAUGCAAACGGAAGGCUUCGAGCCGGACGACGUGAGCAUCGUCGCGGUGUUGCCGGCAUGUGCCCAGCUGGGAGCUCUGGAGCUAGGCAGAUGGAUAUACGCCUACUGCAAAAGGCACGGCAUGCUGACAAGUACACACAUCUGCAAUGCGCUAAUGGAGAUGUACGCCAAGUGCGGGUGCAUCGACCAAGCGCUGCAGCUGUUCGACGGCAUGGCCGACAAGGACGUCAUCUCGUGGAGCACGGUGAUCGGCGGCCUCGCGGCGCACGGGAGAGCGCACGAGGCCGUCUGGCUGUUCACCGAGAUGGAGAAGGAAGGAAAGGUGAGGCCUAAUGUCAUCACCUUCGUCGGGCUCUUGUCAGCCUGCUCCUACGCCGGGCUCGUCGACGAAGGGCUGAGCCACUUCGACCGGAUGAACGACGUCUACGGCGUCGAGCCCGGCGUCGAGCACUACGGCUGCGUCGUCGACCUCCUCGGCCGGUCGGGACAAAUCCGGCGCGCGCUGGACUUGGUGCGCGACAUGCCGGUGCCCGCCGACGCGAAGGUCUGGGGCUCGUUGCUCAGCGCGUGCCGGAGCCACGGCGACGUCGACACGGCCGUGCUGGCCGCCGAGAGGCUGGUCGAGCUGGAGCCGGACGACGUGGGCAACCUCGUCAUGCUGGCCAACGUGUACGCCGCGGCGAGGCGGUGGAGCGACGUGGCGAGCACGAGGAAGGCGAUACGGAGCAGGAGCAUGAGGAAGACGCCGGGGUGCAGCCUGAUCGAGGUGGGCAACGUGGUGAGGGAGUUCGUCGCCGGAGAGGGUCUGAGCUCUGAACUUGGAGGCCUUGCUGGCGUUUUGGACAUCUUGGCCUCUCACCUUGCAGACGACGAGGAGGAUAUAGAUUUCGCUGAUUCGGAUUGUACGGUUUAUGCAAAUCUGGCAAACGAUUGAUGACAAAUUGGCAAUCACAUAUAUGAAAUGAGAGGGGGAAAAAUAAGCAGGUUAUUUUCAGAUGAGCGGUUUGGUUCUUUCAAGUUCUCUGACAAAAGGGGCGGACUCUCUAGCACUUUGAGGAAAACGUAAAAAUACGGCCCUUUACAAUUGGAGGCCUGAUAUUGUGCAGGCCGGAUACAACAGCCUGCAUUGUUCACUCUAUAUGGGCCCACUAAUAUAUAAGUAGAGUUUUCUCUCUCCGUUUUAUAUUAAUCAACACAACAUCAUCAAGUUGUAUCAAACUUUAUCCCUUUAAUUAAGGUCCUGUUUAUUA